UCAUUAAGAAGGAACACCAUCUGUCCCCAAACAGCUUACAUCCUGAGCCAUGCUCCCUCUCGUGACCUAAACGCAAUCGAGGUCCUGCUGUUUAAUAAUAACAACUGCAGCUUCAUCUUCAAAGCUCCUGAGGUUCCUCAGUUAUUAGCUAUCGAAAAUGAAGUGCCCACAAGACCUGGCAACCACCGACAGCUGCUUGCCAUUUGUCCACCCGAGUGGGCAAAUGCGGCAAUCAAAAUCCCUAGAGCUAUAAAAGCAGCCAAUCGUGCACCUCGGAUACGGAAGAAUACCACGCCCAGCAACAUCACCUCUUGCAACAAGACGUGUGGAUCUUCCCCGAAGAAAACCAAAGAGGAACACGAGAGUGGAAGUGAACCACCCAAAGUUGGAGAUUGCCAGCCGACCACAGCCUUUUCCGAGCAUCGGCUCGACGCUAACAGCCUUUUCACCGAUGGUGAAAGGGAAUUUUUAACUCGUAAAGAUGAAAGGAGAGCAGUUGAAGAGAAAAAACCAAAGGCUUUGGUAAGUUGGCUUAAAAACUACAGAUACUCUGCAAAAUUGAAUUGGCCUAAAAUGGUUUCAGUAGUUCAACUUAUGAAAAAAAUCCUUAGAGUGUGAUAAUAAUACCUGGCCUGACGACUAUAAAUGCCAGCAGUUUACUAAUCAGUCAGUAACGGGUGGGUAGUGGCGGAUCCAGACCUAAUCUGGGGGCGGGGGGGGGAGCGGUUAUCCAGACCCUGAGAUAAGGGGGGCGGUCUCAAAAUAAUUUUUUUCGGUCCUUCAGGCCUCAGUUUGGUCUAAAAAUAAGGUGGGGAUCCGGGCCUCCAGUGUCCCUACCCCCUGGAUCCGCAAAUGGUGGGAACAGGUUUGUUGAACAGAAAUUCGUGUCUUCUCGCAACCUUCACAAAACAACUUCGUCCUUUAGGUGAUAUUCAGAUGUAAGCAAGUUUUUUUUAUCUCGUAAAUGAGGUUUUGUUUUCGGUAGAAGCGACUCAUGUCCAGUCUCUUAAUAAUCCGCCAUGUCAAGUCAUGGCCACUCUGCUGUAAGACAAAGACUUCGUGACUAAAUAUGGCAGGUGUGGUAAAUCAGUAAGACCCUAUGUUCUCGAACUAAAAAGCGACUAAUCAGUGUGGGGGGAGCUCUUCAUCGUUCUUGAAGAUAGCGUUUUAACUGCGUAUUUUCGUACUAAACAUCUCCUCUGGUUAUAUACUUUAUCUUUGCAGAAAAGAAGAGUGAUCAGGUUUUUUUCCUGGGUAGCACGCCACUGUUGUUGCAGGCCUAAAACAAAGGAGUGA